CGGCUCGGCCCGGCCCUGUUGGUGAGUUGUACCGGCCAGACCUCCGCCCUUUCCAGGAGUCAAUCUCGCUCGACGGGGCACCUCGAUUUCCUAAAUCCGGCGCCGCCGAAACUGCCUCUCCGCCCUACCUCACCGCGUCGCCCCCCCAACCUCGCCGGCGUCCACGCCGCCGUCAUCAUGCUCCUCCGCACGCGCCGCUGCCUCCCUGCUGCCCUUUCCCGCGCAGCCGCCCACCCACGCGUCUCCCCUGCCGCGGCCUCCCCCGGACCACCGCCACAACAUGGUCCGGUGGCCGUGGCCGUGGCCGUGGCGAAUCAGGGGAGCGGAAUCGAUCCCCGAUCUGGAACGAUCGACCGGUUUCGGGGCUCCACGAUGGCCCGAGCGAAUCUGGUAACGCUGCGUCCAGCAUCCAUCGGUGGUGGACGUCACAAGGUUGGUAUGCAGGCCCGAUGGUUCUCUUCGACAGGGCUUCCACCACAUAUGGUGAUAGGGAUGCCAGCGCUGUCCCCUACUAUGAAUCAAGGUAACCUCACAAAAUGGAGAAAGCAGGAAGGAGAUAAGAUCGAGGUUGGUGAUGUGAUCUGUGAGAUAGAAACUGAUAAAGCUACACUUGAAUUUGAAAGUCUUGAAGAGGGGUAUCUGGCCAAGAUUUUAGUACCGGAAGGUUCAAAGGAUGUUCAGGUUGGACAACCCAUUUUUGUCACGGUUGAAGACUCUGAGGAUAUUGCAAAGAUACCUGCAGAUACCUCCUUUAGAGGCGAGCAUGACGAGGAUCAGUCAAGUGGAAGUGCAGCACAAAGUGUCAAAGUUGAUGCUGCUGAAGAAAGCCCAGCAUUGAGACAUAUCAGCCCAACAGCUAAGAUGCUCAUCAAAGAACAUGGUCUUAAUAUCUCCUCACUGAAGGCAUCAGGUCCACGUGGGACUCUUCUGAAGGGUGACGUUUUGGCUGCAUUGAAGGCAGGCACUGCUUCAAGUUCAGCCAAAGAAAAGACAGCUCCUGCGACACCUUCACCCGAACCAGCUCGUGAUUCCCAAACUCAAUCUCUACCCACUUCACAAAAGAGCGGUACAUUUGAAGAUAUGACCAAUACUCAGAUACGCAAGGUGAUUGCAAAAAGGUUGCUUGAAUCCAAACAGACUACUCCACAUUUGUACCUAUCCAAAGAUGUCAUACUGGAUCCCCUGCUCGCCUUCAGGAAUGAACUGAAAGAGCAACACGGCGUGAAAGUUUCAGUAAAUGAUAUCGUCAUAAAAGCUGUGGCACUUGCCUUAAGGAAUGUCCCUGAAGCAAAUGCUUACUGGGACAAUGCGAAGGAAGAAGCCCAGAAGUGGGAUUCAGUCGAUAUAUCUAUCGCUGUUGCUACAGAGAAGGGCCUGAUGACUCCUAUAAUAAGAAAUGCGGAUCAAAAGACAAUAUCAGCAAUAUCCUCAGAGGUCAAGCAGCUAGCCGAGAAGGCACGAGCUGGGAAGCUUGCUCCUAAUGAAUUUCAAGGAGGGUCUUUCAGCAUCUCAAAUCUUGGAAUGUAUCCAGUGGACAAUUUCUGUGCAAUCAUUAACCCUCCACAGGCUGGUAUUCUCGCUGUUGGACGUGGUAACAAGGUUGUGGAACCAGUGAUGGACAGUGAUGGAACAGAGAAGGCUGCUGUAGUAACAAAAAUGAGCCUGACGCUGUCUGCUGAUCAUCGUAUAUUUGACGGCCAAGUAGGAGGCAAGUUUUUCACAGAGUUGGCAUUGAACUUCAGUGACAUCAGGAGACUGCUUUUGUAAAUGAAAGAUGCUAUUUUAUGGUGUUCCGAGAAUUCUUUGGAGGUGGCACAAGAAAAGAUACUAGGUGCAAAUUUAGUUUCAGUUGCUUGAUCACCAACCCGUGAAAAGUAACCAAUUUUGUAAAUUUAAUAAGAAAACAUUGGCAACUCCACGGCGUUUCCCCUGAGAAUUUGACAGCCAUUUUCAUGUUUGAUGUGGUUGCCCAACAUUAUUAACUCUUGAGGCUGAGGCUUGCUGCAACUCUGGCCAUGUUUCUAGAGGAUUUCUGGUUGACAUGAACAUGGCAUGGCGGCAGUAUAAUAAGUAACCAUUCUUCUUACAGUAUGGGUACAUUCUUUUCA